UGGCGGCUCGUGGCCGGCGACCGGCUCGUGGCCAAUGGGAGACGCGAGUGCGCGGGUGCGCGUUACCGAGCUCGAGCCGCCGGGCUCUUCAGAGCGAGCGUGGACGUUCACCGCAACACCGCACCGUGUCGCGUUGCGGCCUUAGCCGUGGUUGCGCUCGUCCGAUUUCCGGUUCUCGCGAUUCGCGACUCACGACUCACGACUCACGGAUCCGUGCCUCGAGCAGUUCCCCGAGCAGGCACCCUGGUUUUCCCGACGCGUCGCCAGCUAUCUCGAAACGAUUCGCGAAUGCUCGUCCCCGUGGUGUUUCCGCGAGUCUCGAUCGAAAGCGUACAGGACUCGCGCGGCGUCGCGGCGAUUCGCCUCCCGGCCGGCCGCUCGCCGGAGAGAACGGACAUGAGAAAUUGCCACGCGGAGCAACGAGGAAUCAUUGCCAAGAGGAGACGCGGAAGAUUAGUACAGUGCUUACCGAACGGUGGUGGUGUCGCCGCGCGAUCGCGAGUUACGCGUAUUCGGCCGACGUAAACACGCGUGCGACACACGCGGUUCUCUCGGGCAGACGCGACGCGACGCGACACGUUUCACCGUCUCGUCGGUUCGUCCUGACGGUUCGUCGGUUCAUCGAAGAGGAAGGAGCAUCGAACGGCAGGCGAGAAUAAUGCCGAGUGCGGGCUGAUUUCCCGAAUCGAAAAGGACUUUUCCCGAGGACCCCCCCAGAUCAUUGGAAUUCCCGAGGAACCUCGUUUCACCCGAGCCCGGAACACAAAGGUAUCUCGUCGCCCUGAAAAAUGUCCGAGAUCUCGAGACCUCGUGUCGAUCGUUCGAGAGGAAUUCCCUGGUAACCGGCGGCGAUCGGGAACGAAAGGAAUCGCAGGGAUACGCGACCGGCAAACGGCUGCUGCUCGACAACACCGAGAAAAGGAGGAUUAUUGGACGACGAAACGACGAAACGGCGAAGCGAAACGGCGCGGAUGUUUGAUCGAACGGUUUCUCGACUCGUGCUUUUUCAGAACAAGAUGUCAAUGACUGGGAGCUUGAUGGGCUAUGAAAAUAACAACGAGGUGAACCAAGCGAAAUGCAAAAAACCAUUGAAGCCGCUUCCGAUCGUGUCCAGCAUAAACUCGAGCGGCGCCGCUGCGACGAGCAAAGUGAAAAAGACGCGCAGCUCGAGCAAACGAAACUCGUGCAUACGAGGCCACGUGAACAGCUUGUGGUCCGUUUGGUACGGCAUCCUGGCGGUUUCUCUGCAAGCUUACAUCGGCCUGAGAUACGCGAAGAGGUUCGCCGCAUACGUCUCGCUGCCAUGGCCGGCGGAUGCGCCUCCCCCAAAGUUGGAAUUGUACGCUUGUCUGGUGUUGGCCGGCACCGGGGUGGUUCUGCUUCCGGUGCUUCUCGGCGCGGCGUUUCUGAAACUCGGCAACCUGGCCAACGAUGGGAUCAAACUUGGCCGCCAUUUGAGCGCGUGCUCGCGCGAUCCGCCCUCCUCGUUGCUCGCCAACAAUCACGACCACAGUCUGGCGAACAAUUUAUGGCGACACGGGGGCCCUACAGCGGCGUUCGUGCACCUUUGCACGGCCAUGUGCUUCCUCCUGCCUUCGCUGCUCAUGGAAGCUAGGCUCAUACAUGCCGGAUUUUUGCCGAAAGACGCAAUAUGGCGAACGGACCUCGACUGGGUUGUGAUUCAUCGCGAUCGACUGGUCGUGUCCAGUUUCCUGAAUCCGAACGUGAACCUGAGCAUUCUAACUGGUUUUAUAACUCCUCAGCCUUUCGUUACUUUAACGCCGCACCAGGAAAUCGAGGAAUCGCCGGACGACGUCGUACCGACACCGGGCGCGACGGGCGUCGGGAUCGACGAUGCCGUCGAGUCUCGUCCCGGGGACGCGUCGGGAACGUUUCUCGGCUCGUUCCGUUCCACGAGUAUCGGACAGAUUCCGUCGAACGCUCGGUUUUUAAAUACCACUCCGAGAACGAUCGCGAACGGUCGCAACGCGGACGAGUCUUCGAGGGCGGAGAACGGCGGCGCGACGUCGGUCAAAGUAACGGCCGCGUCGACCGCGUCGAAUCUCCCCAAGGAGACCGGGCCAGAGCUGACAACGAGGAUGAUCGCGACCACGAUAGAACCGGCGACGAGAGCCAAGACGAGAGCUCGCGCGUCGAUGCCAGCCACCGCCGCUACGACGCCGGUAACGGCAGGCUCGGCGAAUACGUCGACGAUUACCGCGAUCUUAAGGUCGGCGAAUGCAACCUCGAGAACCUCGAAGAACGCCACGGACAAAUACGCGGCCGCCGCUAGACGGCCAACCGCGAAGACCAUUCUCAGAAACGCUCAUUCGAAGAACAGGUCGAAACCGAAGGGUUCGGCGAGAGUCUCCUCGACCGUCAGACCCGUUAGAUUGGCCAACGACGGAGGGAACAUGUCGGCGCAGACCAUGGCGCUGACGAUGAACAGUUUAGCCGAUCUGGACCAUCCUGAAAAAUUGAAUCUCGAAAUCGAAACCGCCGAAACUUACGGUCCCGUUACUUUGGAGUAUUUGAACUACGCCGUGGCUCUCGCAGUGUACUCCGUACGGUAUCCGGCGGUAUUUUGGUCCUGCAACAAGGCGUUGGGCACAAUUUUCAGCGUUCAGUUGGUCAUGAACUCGGCGCAGAGCUUGUUAGCGUACGUCGGCAUGUCCGUUCUGUACAAGGUUCAAGUUGUGGGACCGUUGAAAGUGUUGCCCGUUCUUCGACAACAAUACCGGACGCUGUCGGGGUCCAGUAGCGGCGGCGCCGGCGCCGGCAGCGGCACCGGCAACCCGGGCAACGCGGCCAACGCCGGCAGCAGCGGAAACAGCAUCGCCGCCGCCGGCUCGUCCAUCACCGGUACCACCAGCAUAUCAACGAUUUUCGGAGAUUCCUAUUUCCUAUUGAAUCCGCACGUUACUCUCGUCCUGUUCGGUCUCUCCUCUCUUCUAGUGCUGUGUUCCAGCAUGGUGAUGUACUUUUACGCUUACGGCAGAUUCACGGCCUUCCUGAAUCAGGAGCGCGAACGACGAGUGAUUCUGCCGAAGGAGAAUCGCGAGCGGAACGGCUGGGUGUAUUUCAUCCAUUGCACCGCCCUCUGCGUGUUUCUGGCGAUCGCGAUCUGCAGCGCGCCGUUGCUCUACGACUACAGCGUCGUGUAUCGCGCCAGCCUGGACGGCGCGAUAUUGGCGUGCAUCGUUGCGACCGUUCUCCACCUGUUCCUGUGGCUGCUCGUCUGGAUCUGUCUGACCAUAAAGCACCGAUGGACGUUCAAGCUCAGGGUGACGAUCGGUCGCGCGACCGUCCGAUCGGCGAGGUCCGUGAAGCUCGUGACCGACGUUGAUCUACUGUCGGCCAAGGACGAGGAGGACGGCACCAGCGCGCCGUUGCUGGUCGUGGGUAACGGUCGGACCUACACCAUUGCCGACGCGUCGCCGAAGAAGGCCAUCAUGAGCGUGAUACAGAAGGCGGCCAUCGAAAGGAAGGCGCGCGCCCGAGGGAACGCGGACUGCGUCGAUGGCGACUCGACGGCAGACGACGAGCAGAUCUACUGGUUGAGGCCUAAACUUCGACCGUCGCCCACGCAAUCGCCGAGCAACGCGAACGGUGCACCGACCAUCGAAAAGGGCUGGCUGAACAAGAAAUUGAAGCCCAAGGUCACCUUUAACGACCUGCCUAGUACGUCAGGCUCGCGUAAUAAGGGAAAAGCCAGACGAGGUGGCGGUGUCGGCGAUGGAGCUGGGCCCGAGGAUGACGGAGAUUACGCUACGCUACGAGAAUUACCGUUGAUCACGUCUUUAGAUCCUGCCGACGAUUCAACGUCCGAGGAGAACAAGUUGCUCGAGUGCGUAAACGACGACCAAGUGACUUACUACGCGAGUGCGAACCGCGAUCUACAACCUUCGGAAGGUGAUCCCUCGCCUCUCUUGACUCCAGACCCUAUGUCCGAUCCCGCCUCGGAGCCGCUUCCAUUGCCACCUCCGACUCCAACACGCGCACCGAGCACCGAAGUUAUCACGGCGUCACUAACCACUAACAUUCAGACGAACGGAGGACAAACGCCUCGCUGCUUGCGCCGAGCAGACUCGGGGAUGCCCCACGACGAGUUGACGCCUCGCUCGGAUUCCUCCAACUCACCGCCGUUGGAGGGAGCGGGCGGCGGCAGCGGAGCUGGCUCGGUGGCCGGGCACAGCAACGGGAGCAGCCACAGCGAAACCUCGUCGAGCGGAGUGCACAGCAACGCGAGCAACGCCAGCAACGCCAGUAACGCGAGCAACGCCAGCUGCCAACGACGAGCGACCAGCGUCGACGACUUGACCGGCGAGCAUCGAGUCGGCGAGGAGCCGCGAGAACAAUGGCGCAGCUGUUCCUUGCAGCGGGGCGUUCAACCACCGACGGCCGUCACCGGUACCUUUUCGUCGCCGACGGGCCGACCCGGUGCCACCGGCGGUGGCCAUUCUUUCGCACCGUCGCACUACGCGAAUCACGUGUCGUUGCUGGCGAACGCGAACGCAAACGCAAGCGCGAACGCAAACGCGAACGCGAACGUGAACGCGAACGCGACCGCGAUCUUCAGCGACGCGGUUCCCGGCUCCGGAUCCGGCUCCGUUUCUCUGACCGUCACCGUCUCCGGCUCCGGAGCCAGCUCCGGCUCCAGUUCCAGUUCCGGUCCAAUUCCCGGUUCCGGCACCGGCACCCCUUGUUCGGCCGUUAUUCUCGAGAAUCCGAACGAAGCGACGGUCGUCAUCAGACGCAAAUUAUCGAGGACGAAGCUAACGGAACCGUUGAACCCGAACGAAGAGCCGUUUGGUCGUUCGACGAACAUGAGAAUGACGUCGUUCACGGAGAGCAACGACAUUCGGGUGCACGCUUCGUCCGCCACGUUGCCUCAUUACCCGACCCAACCGAUCGUCACCUACCCCCAUUGCUCGACCAUGCCGUUGCCCCACGUGUCCCACGCGAGCGUCGCGGGCUCGCACAUGAGCGGGUCGAGCGGCAGCUGCGGGUCCGUGCCUCGGCACGCGUACGUCGCGCAUCCCCCGCAGAUGCACUCGAGCACGGUCCCAGCGCACACGACGUUGCCCUCGCACCAUAACGGCGUUAGACUUUUGCACCCGGUACCGGCCAACAAUCCCUUCGUCAAGCGAUUCCCACCCGUCCCGCUGCACGCGCAAACUUGGGCUCUUCCGGGUCACCACACGUUCCCUCAGACACCGCAGACGAACGGCAAGCUGUCGGUGGCUGCUCAAAUCAGGCAAACCGACCGCGACUCGGCCAACUUCUCCAUGGCCAGCAGCGGCGAUUCGGACACGUGUUUACCUCAUUAGAAUUCACUCGCGUAUCAUCCCAUCCCGUCCCAUUCCAUGCCAUUCCUUCGCAUUACACCGCAUCGCGUCACGUCGCAUUCUAGGUAGAUUUUUCAUAGACUCUUUCGAAGGAAACGACCACCGCAAACUUGUCGAACGAACAAAAGGUUUAUCGCGCGAUAGUUGUUUCAAUGCUACCCGGACUUCUAUAUCCUCGAAUGAUAAAGAUUGCUUUUCGCGUCUACCGGACGCACGGUUACAUAUCAAACACAUUUCUGUUUCACCGAAGCGGAGAACGCGGAUCGACCAAAGUAAAGGUCUAUUUUUAAUACGGUCGCGACUCUUUACCAAAUGUUCAUCAUAUCAACCGUUUCCCGAUGCUUCGACCAAUAAUUAAGACGAAUAUUGAAAGUGGAUUUUUCCCGAUAUCGACGACCGUGAAAACGCGCUUGACAAUAGAACGCGAGUAUCGUCUCGUUGCAAACAUAUCUCGCGAGUUUAGGACCCCGUUUCUCGUUCAUCGUCGGAUGCGAGCACUCGAAAACUGUUCCCCCCCUUCGGGAUUGAAUUUCAACUGCGAGCGAUCCGCUAAUUUCGAUGCGAUCGGGCGAAGCCAAUCGGAAACGCGAUGCGGUAGACGAUGCGCGAUACUCUUACCGAAUAAUCGAUUUUCCGGUUAAUUAUAAUACUCGACUGUAAUACUCGCGAUUUGCUUUUAGAAAUCACUAGCAUCCGAGAUUUCCAAGUAACCCUCGAAAACGGCGCACGAAUCGUGUGUCGUUCGAUUCUUUACAAAUACCUCUCAUUAUUAUUACUAUUAUUAUUAUUAUCUUUACCACUACUACUACUAUUGUUACUACUACUACUACUACUACUACUACUAUUACUACUACUAUUACUACUACUACUACUACUGCUACUACUACUACUACACUGCUACUACUGCUACUACUAUUACUACUGCUACUACUACUACUACUAUUAAUACUAUUAAUACUACUAUUAGUUCUUCCAUCUCCGAGGACUGUAUAUCUCGACUAUCGCCAACAUCCGAUAAUCUAAGGGAUGGUGAGAAUAUCUUGGCAUCUUCUGUGAUUGGUUCCGGAGUUAGUGGUUUUAACAGUUUGACAGAUUCGGCGGAUUUCCGUUCCAAGAAUACAGUAGCCAUACAUCUGGAUUAUUAUGAAAUUCUGGUGUAGCGGUUAACCGCGCGCACCGCUGGUAACAGAAAAACGGUAUAUUUCUCAUGAAUCGGAUGACACCACGGGAACGUUAUUUCUUUUCUUUCGCCGACUCGUUAGACGUAUACGCGAUCCAUUCGAGACUUUCGAGGCCAGAAAUACCGCGGCGAAUGGUCGUUCGAUUUUCCAGGCGCAUAGACAUGUCCAUUAUCGAUCAUCAUCGGGUUUCCGAGAAUUUCCUGAUACUCGUAGGUCUUACUCGGCGAGUCCUUGCUACGGUACGCCAGGUACGACGUUCCGACUGGGUGAUAACUAAUUAGUUACUUUAAUCGGUCAGUUGAUCGAUUAAAGAAACGAUACACUGGAGAAAUCAGUGAAGCGCUUAGGCAGAUGCAGAGAAAGUGGUAGACGGAAUCGAGUUCGUAUUUUCAGACUCGUAGGUCUUGAAUUACGAUCAGGUAUUCUGCCUAUACCUAUAAUUAAGGAUCCGAUAACUCGCUUUUCGCGCGUGCUGUCUCGCCCAACAUUUUCGCUGCUAUUUCUUCCGGUUUAAACUCCUUUCCCGACAGCUGUUCCGUGCGCGCGAGCGCGUGUUCGGACGAAGAUUCGGGGACGGCGUUUAAAAGCGGAAGCAAAAUGUAAACGAAGGAAAACUAGGUUGUAAAGCGGAUCGAUGCGACGCCGGUCGCACGGUCCGAUAACGUUAGACGAGAUCGGCACGCGACGGCUACUUAGGAAAGAUUAAGGGAACGACUACUGCCAUUAAUUACGAAGAUCUAGGGAUCUCUAUUAUAUAGGUAUUUACUUUUUCGAUCGACUGCCACGUUGUUUCGUUCUUUCGCGGAUUCACGGGGGUCAACGUUUACGGGCGUCGAUGCGUUUCGCUUUCUUCCACCGCAACUUCCUCCCGCGCCAAUGCUCGUAACGUACGCGAUUUUACUUUAGUUUUCCAGCUCUGCAAGUAUCUUCGAAGACGCGUGAGACGAUGAGCGCGCGAUAUACCGGUCGAAUGCGUCCGACCACGUACACGCAUACGCUGUCGUGCAAUGCAUCAACGUCGCGCCAAUAUCCUUCACCGAGAAGCGAUUCGGAAUGGCCCGAAGCCCCUUUCGACCGAUCGAACAACCUACGCGUGCGUUUUUGCGUCUACGUUCGCGUCCGCGUUUGCGUUCGCGUUUGCGUUUGCGUUUGCGUUUGCGAAUCGACGCGACGAGACUCGUCGUCUUUGCUCGUUAUCGACAUUUCAAGUUGGUGUUUCGCGCUUCGACGAUAAAGCGAAAGGACAUGUACAACGAACGUAUUCUUCGUGUUUUUCUUUCGUCGGGGGAUGGCUACGAUAACAGGAACAGAGGUUUUUCACGCGCGUACGCUUGUAGCAAAUCGUGACGCAUUUAAAAAACAGAUGAUAGUAUUUUUGUGAGCGAUCUUUACAAACGAUUCGGUGUGCACACGCAAUAACGAGAGUAACGCGGCACGGUAACAAAGAUAAACCACACGAAACUUUUAGAGGAAAACGUAAAUGCGAUGCACGUUUGUGUUAGUCGAGAGGAAUUAGAGGAUUUUCUAUUACAUUAGAAACGCUGCUCAAAGAGACGCGAAGGAACAAAGAGUAUCUUUAUUUUCAAGAAUUUUCUAACCGUCGUGAACGGAGUGAGUGUCGUAGUGCUAGAAAACUCGGAGAAUCCCACAGGACACGCGUAACUGCUGGCACGUUGCGGUAGACGCGUUUUCCGAAGUAUCCCGAGCGAAGAUGGAAUCAAGAUCGUAGUCGACUUCGAAUCACGUGCAAACCGAUUGUACAGGUGUCUCCUUUAGACGUGAUCGAGUACAGCCGAGUCGAGUAGAUGUUUAAAUCGUAAUCACAUGUAUUUUUUAUGCACUUUUUGCGCUAACGAAACCGACCAAGUCGAUCGAUUUUACGCAACGCGAACGCGCGUCGAACAAUCAAAUGCGUUCGGCUGCGGAUCUAUUUUCGAAUAGUGUUAUGAUUCGUCGAUUGGCGUCGAUCCCUUAUUUCCCAUGGAACGUCACCCUCACCUCCCCCAGUGCGUCCCGUUCAACGGCCAGGCCCCGAUCGCAAUGCCGAUUCGGUAACGGACCGGACACGAACGAAACAUCUCUUGUCUCUCUGAUUUUGUUCACGGACGGAUCGUGAGCGAUGCCUUGUCGCGUGCUACACCUCGGACGCAUCGCGGCCUCGGCUAUUCGAAUAGAUUAUGCGAGAGAACCCCGGCAACUUUUAUACCUCGGUAGGAUCGGAUAGUUAGUUUCAAUUUUUUCGCGAGAAAAUACAAAAAAGCAGAGAAAAAAACAAAGAUUCGAAUUUAUUCUUCUAUGAUCGAAAGCAUCGAAACAAAUGCAGUCAAAGCUUUAUAAUGUCGACGAAGAACACGGGAAAGCGUAGCAGAGCAUAGCGUAGCUUAACGUAGCGUAGCUUAACGUAGCGUAGCUUAACGUAGCGUAGGAAAGCAAAGAGCAAAGGAAAGAAAGGAAUAUUCCUAAAAUACGAUUGCGCGUGUACGUGCUUUUUCUUCCUGCUGGUGCGCGAAGGCGCGGAAAGCUGUUGAAACGCGAAUCGGUUCCGUUCGUUGAUUAGGCGCCACUCGGCAUUAUUCUAUGGUUCCGGCAGAUCAGACGGCAACGCGAGCGAAUUCGAUUCUCGGGGAUCGGUUCGCUCGUUGAUCGGGCAAAAUAAUAAAGCUUUCACUGUACUUGUAUAUUUUUCCAUGCGAACUUUACGCGUAUCGAUAAUACUUGAGAGAAACUUGAUUCCAUCUUUGCUCAUAGUUGAUAAAAUCGCCCAUCGGCGGUUGACAUUUAUGGGCAUGAAGCGAGGGAAACUAAAUGCGGAGAUAGGGGGCAGGAUUUUGAACGCGACCGUUUCGAACGGCCGAGUUACCGCGAAUCGACCAAUUCUAUCGUAAAUUCCGGAGCGGCGUGCGCAUGUAACGAAACACUGUUAGUUGCGGAUUCGUUGAAAGAUCGCCAUGCGGUGCCGAUCGUCGUACAUAUCGCGACGGUUCGGGUAAACGCGAACCGUCUGAUCGUUCGGUGAUGGACGAUAAUCAGCAAUAUCGGCGGCAAGAAUGUUUGUAUCGAGAAAGGCGGUGAGAAAGUUCGGUGAAAAGCGGACGAUCGGGCCAGUGCCGUCUCUCGCGAAGGCAUAUUUUUUUACCGUUUACCGUUCGGCGUUCAAUGUUUAACGUUCGACGUUCGACGUCGGUCAGCUACCGAACUCUGUUCGUUUUAGAUUCAGCUAGAAGUUUAGAUUCAGCCCGCAACAAACAUACAUAUGUACUUGUACGUAAUAUCGAGGAAGAAGGCAUUGACUUCUUCAAAGAAUACUCGGAGAAUAUCGGUUCCGCGCGGACCUCCUGGCCGACUGCUCGCGACUAGAGCGAUUAUUCUCCGGCCGCGAACGGUGGAUACGAAAUAAUAAAAGAACGAGUGAGAUAGAUGUACGUAGAAAUAAGAAUGUGUGCGUGUGAUACGAUUAACCGCGGCGUGGUGGAAACGAACGGACGGGCAAGCAGGUAGAAACUGAUCCGGUUAUCCUAUAUUCAUACGAGAUGAUACCCUCGAAACGUGUAAAUAGGUAGAGGUCGAGUCGAGGAGAAAGGCGAAUGAUACGAAGCGAGAAUGAUUGUAAGCGAACAAUUCAGCGAACAUGUACGAAUAAUUGUAUAAAGACUGAUUAGACUAGCCUUGGUAUUUAUUCGAAUACACACAGGUAACCGCUAUCGCUUUGCGCGCUCUCGAAUACACGUACGCAGAGACAGGCGCGCGCGCGCACACCCACACUCGCAGGACUCGGAGACAGUAUACAGAAGACGGAAGACGGAAGACGGAAGACGCGCGCGUACAUACAGGUACACGGAGCACGAUACCAAAGUCGCCAUAUUCGCCGCAGUCGUACAGAAUCACGGUGUCGAGGUAGUACGAGUAGAUGGAUGGUAACCGCAAGAAUUGCCUCGUCGCUCGGUUCGACGCGAGCGGUCGGACCGACGACGGGAAAGCACGUCGGUCGACGCGAUUACGUGGAUUGGCAAUAGCGAGUGCUCGCGGGGCCUGUCUUCUUGCCAGGCGUACCGCGUUCGCGCGGUCCACCGAGAAAGGAAGAACCGAAACCGUCGAGCUCCGUCGGAACACCAGUGACGCUUGCACGGCCGAAUCAAAGAGAAACAGAAAAAUGGUCAGCGCGGUUCCAACAGCGACACAUUAUUAUCGUCGCGACGUAUCAAUAUUACCCGAUGCAACGUAUAAACGAAGAAAUUAGAUGUAAACUUUGUAUAUUCAUUUACCGAGAGAAUAAAGGUAAAUUACUCGACGAUAUUCAGCAGGGGCGCCGCUAAUCUUCCGUACUUGCGGUGAAAAGCUCACGACAACCCCUUGUUCCGGUUGGACGAGAAUGAAACGCAUACGACUUUUAAUACGCAUCGAUUCUUUUAUUGGUUCAACUGAACGUAUUCUUCUAAACAUAUCCGAAUGCGCGCGCGCUAAGUUCUACUUCGCAUUUAUUCCAGUGAACGGUGCGUUCGAGUUCAAAGAAGCAACAUCUCUCCCCGAACUGCUGGACGCGCAACUGAUUCUUGCAGAACGUGAUGCGCGUAAACAGACAAUAUACAUGUGUGUAUUUGCAUACGCAUCGAGUGCAUACGCACGCAGCAAUUUAGGCCCUGUUUAUACCGCUACGCGUGCCCGUUUACUCUUAGUAUAAAUAGUCUACCUACGAGGCUGCACGUGUAUACCUAGGUAUCGGUAUUUUGGUAUACGCGCGUGUACGUUCCUAUCGUUCGCGUCGUUCCUUCGACUGCACGUUUCUCGCAAUGUGUCCAUGUACAGCGCGUGUACAGAUAAUUCUGGAAAUAUGUAUAACAACGACAAGAGACGUUAACAGAGGGAGUCCCGAGUUGCGAUCCUGCAGGAAUUGAUGUCGGUCGCCUUUUAUCGCCUUUUCUAUCGCCUCGUUAUUGUUGUUUCCACAGGUUCGUUGUACGAGUCUUAUACUUUCAUCGUGUCACCGUGAAACGUUGGACGCGCGCAAUACCCGUUGCACGCGCUGCGCGUUCACGCGAUAAAUGUUAGACAAUUUGUUCGUUGAUCGUUUACCUAACUUGAAACUAAAUCUACUUGCUUUCACCUAUACAGAGAUAGUAUAAAAUGCUAUGCGACUCUACGCGUAUCUACUCGUACUCCAAUUCUAUCGGAUGGUACGCGGAACGUUUGGCUCUCGAUUACAUCGCCCAUCGAUUCAAUCCCUGCGGAGCUACUUAGAAUUAGUUAGAAGCGAUCCGCGAAUUUCUUCGUCUAUUAUUCGACUGCGAACCGUUACAAAAUUACAAACACGAAAGGUAUAGAAAAAUAUAUUGGUCUGGGUUCAUGUAGAGAGCUGUGCUGAGAGGUGUAUCUCUAUCGAGUGCGAGAUGAUUGGCAAUACAAUCGUAGAUACAACGUUCGAAAAGAUCGCGAACCGCGAGAAAUAAACCUUUUCAGAAAUCCGUUCGAUCGACUAAUGAAUCGCUAGAAAUUGUCAACCGUAAACUGUAAACCGUCAACUGUAAAUCGUAAACUCUAAAUUGUAAAAUGUAAAAUGUAAACAGAGAAUUUCUCGGGCAUUCCCUCUCAUUAAUCGCAGGUACGCGGACGUAUUGACUCGACGAAGACAAAAUAUAUGUAUUGCGUAGAGGAAGAAGGAGGCAUUCGUGAAACUUACCUACUUUGUCGCAGCUAAGCUAAACGCACAUUCUACGAUAUUAUAUAUUACGUAGUAUCGGAAUAUCUGAGAGCGUAUGCACGCGCGGGGCGCCUAUGUGUCGCAUACUAUAUAUAGUAUAGAUCACAAUAUAAAAUCUACGGUUAUACAACAGUCAACAAUGAAUGUUUGUCGGGACAUCGAUUAAACAUCGAUUAAAAAAGGUGCGUCGUUUAUGCUGUCUAUCGACGACAUAUACUUUCCGAUCCUGUACAGUGUCAGGCAACUCGACGAUUUUCGCUUGUUCACCGUUCGAAAAUUGGUGGACCCCGAUAGCUAGACAGCGACAGGUAAGAGA